GGGAAUGUGCGGGAUGGGCCACGAAUUGGCGCCUGUGGAGUUUAAUUCCCUUCUGGCCGUGGGCCCCCGUUCGUCGCACCCAUCGCCCUGCCCUCGCCUUCGCCUUCUCCUUAUUAUCGCGUGUAGCGCAACAAGGUUGCUCGCCCAGCUCCUUCACUAGCCUUACCUCUUCUUUUCUUCCUUUUCCCUCUUCCUUCCAGCCCUGAAGGUACCCCCUUCUAGUCACUCAUUUCUCCUCUCCUUCUCCUCUUUUCUGGUCCGCCUUCCCUCUUCGCUUGCGGAACGGAUUCGUCGAGUUUUUUUUCCCCCUCUACUUUUCUUUGUAAUUUUAUCUCCACCAAUAUCACCGUCGCAAACCUCCACAACUCGCCCUCACGUCUCUGACCCCCACCGCCACAAUGGGGAGGGCACUUCAGAACCAUUCCGUCAAGUACCUGUCGGCGGCCACCCUUCUGGUGUUUAUCUGGUUCGUCUGGAGCCUGGGACUUCGCAACGAGGCCCAGGAAAGGCUCGCAGGCAUCGUUCCCAGCGUUGGGACAGAUGCCAGCCACAAGGAGCCCCCAAAGGCGUCGCCCGAGCAGCCUUCGCACGAGGCUUCUAACGAGGCUCUCAAGACCAAGCCAUCCGGCGCUCCCCACCCCGAUAUCCUCGAUGAGGCGGCCGCCAAGCAGUACUGCAACAACUAUCGUCUGCACCCAUUCCCGCGCGACCGCGUCGCCUCGCGCAAGAUCUACGACCUGCUGCUCAUCAACACUGAGUUGGAAAUACUCGACGUCCGAAUGGGCCAGAUGGCGCCGGGCGUCGACUAUUUCGUCAUUCUGGAGUCAGACACGACCUUUACCGACAAACCCAAGCCGCUCCACGUCGAGGAAAACUGGGCCCGUUUCCAGCAGCACCACUCGCAGAUGAUCCGUCGCACCAUGGAUCUGACGACGGGCGACUUCAAGAAGACGUGGGAGCGCGAGUCCGCCUCGCGCAACGCCAUGUAUAGCCAGGUCAUCCCCUUCCUCACCGGCCAGGAGGAGGCACACACCGACGAUGUUCUGCUCGUUUCCGAUGUCGACGAGAUGUUCAAGCCCGAGACCCUCAAAGUCUUCCGCAACUGCAUCAUCCCCGACAAGGUCACCACCCAGUCGGACCUCUUCUACUACUCGUUCCAGUGGGUCAACGAAUACGACUGGAUGCACCCCCAAGCCACCAUCUACAAGGGCAAGGACACAGUUCUUCCCCAGGACCUGCGCACCCACGGAAAUGAACACAUGAUCCUUCACGACGCCGCCUGGCAUUGCAGCUACUGCUUCCCCACCGUUGCCGAGAUCGUCAAGAAGAUCACUAGCUUUUCGCAUACCGAGAUGGACAGGCCCGAGUUCAAGGACCCCGUCAAGAUUGUCGAGCGAGUCCGCAAUGGCCGCGACAUGUUUGAGCGGAGCAACUGCACGCGCGUCGAGCAUAAUAAGGACGUGCCCGAAUUUGUUAUGAACAACCGCGAGAAGUACGGCUAUAUGCUGGAUCGCGACCCUCCCAACGCCAACUUUAUUGACUACACCCCCUGAGCUAGUCGCAAGCGCCAGUGGUAUGCAAAACUAUGGGCUUUGACGGGUCCAACUCAAUUACGAACCAUCAAGGCAUCAACUCGCGCCCUGACAUAUGGCGUAUCUAAUGGGCAUUUCCCCCACCUAAUGUGUUGUACAAUCUUGGCUCUGCUUUUGUCCAGAGCCGGGUGUAUGUCAGGUCUGGCUUCAGGUCCUGUCAUUAGCACGACCUCUCGCGGAGGGGCGCCCGUUGUUGCUGAUCAUCCGUAGCCGUUCAGGCCAGUUUUCUGUUCCCAUCCAUGUGAUUUGGGCUUGCCUGUGCGAUGAUAAGGAAGAAAGAAGGGGGAAAAAAGGUUAGAGUUUGAUGGUUGUCUUUCGAGCUGAUGAUGAUGUAUGAAAUGACAUCAAGGGGUGGCACCACACGCGCCAAGGGAAAAGAGAAAAAACAGAAAAGGAUCAAAGUUCACACCAUUCUGCGGUCCAUCUUGGUACUCUUGGUUGAGGUGUUUAUUCGC